UCUGAAGUCAAAAGAAAAAAAUCAAUCUGCUUACUUAGUGGAGCAACAAACAAUGGAUCCCAAAGACCAGCGAGUGAAGCUUAAUGAUGGCCACUUCAUUCCUGUCCUGGGAUUUGGAACCUACGCACCUCCAGAGGUUCCUAAGAGUGAAGCGCUGGAGGUCACCAAAUUUGCUAUAGAGGUUGGAUUCCGCCAUAUUGACAGUGCUCAUUUGUAUCAGAAUGAAGAGCAGGUUGGCCAGGCCAUUCGAAGCAAGAUUGCCGAUGGGACUGUGAAGAGAAAAGAUGUAUUCUACACUUCAAAGCUUUGGUCCACUUCUCUUCAUCCAGAAUUGGUCAGACCAGCCUUGGAAAAGUCACUGAAUAAUCUUCAACUGGACUAUGUCGAUCUCUAUAUUAUUCAUUUUCCAGUGGCUCUGAAGCCAGGGGAGGGACUUUUCCCAAAAGAUGAAAAUGGAAAACCAAUAUUUGACUCAGUGGAUCUCUGUCGCACGUGGGAGGCCCUGGAGAAGUGUAAGGAUGCAGGGCUGACCAAGUCCAUUGGGGUGUCCAAUUUCAACCACAAGCAGCUGGAGAAGAUCCUGAACAAGCCAGGGCUCAAGUAUAAGCCCGUCUGCAACCAGGUGGAAUGUCACCCUUAUCUCAAUCAGAGCAAACUGUUGGAGUUCUGCAAGUCACAUGAUAUUGUUCUUGUUGCCUAUGGCGCUCUGGGAUCCCAAAGAAUAAAAGGAUGGGUGAACCCAAACCUCCCCUUUCUCUUGGAGGACCCAGUUCUCUCUGCCAUUGCCAAAAAGCACAAGCAAACCCCAGCUGUGGUUGCCCUUCGCUACCAGAUACAACGUGGGGUUGUGGUUCUGGCCAAGAGUUACAACAAGAAGCGGAUCAAAGAGAACAUACAGGUGUUUGACUUUGAACUGACUCCAGAAGACAUGAAAGCAAUCGAUGGCCUCAACAGCAGCAUAAGAUAUAAUGAGCUACUACUGGGUGUUGGUCACCCUGAGUAUCCAUUUUUUGAAGAAUAUUGACUGUGAGCUGUAUACGCGCAUUAUACCAGAACGACUUGCUUCUAGGGCUGUGAAGAGGAUUUCUGUACUUGGUAGAGGUGCUUAAAAAAAGUGUCUUCCAUUUCAAAAACUUGCCUUUCCUUUAUUAAAAAACAUUUUAUGAAAUAGUGGUCUUGA